UUUUUCAACAACGCCAAUCUCGUCUCUCUUUCUUUGGGUAACAUGAAAAGCUCCCUUAAGCCAUCUUUGAUGUCGCUAGCUCCAGUAAACUCAAUGAGAUCCAAUAUCCAGAUCCUCCAGUCGUCAAUGAAUCCAUUACUGCGAGUUACAUCGAUUUCUGUGUCGCAUACAAAGCGAACCAUGGUGAGUAGUUCUAGAAGAUUGGCUAGAAACGAUACCUGGACCAGAUACAAUCGGUAUUAUAAGAAUACCAGGUGGAAUAAGUUGAAGGGUCCAGCCAUAUUUACAGCACUAUUUUGCAUUGGAACAACUAUUGCCACCCCAUAUUUGUUCGACUAUACCCCCUUGGCUUAUUUCAAGAGACACCCUUCCAAUUUUGUGUAUGCACUUAUAGCUCUUAAUGGUGGCGUCUUUUUGAUGUGGAGAGUACCAGCAUUAUCUAGAUUUGUGCACAAAUACGCCAUUGUUGUCAAAGACCGUCUUCAAACCAACUGGGCCAUGUUGGGUUCAUCUUUUUCGCAUCAGAGCUUCAUGCACCUCUUUGUAAACAUGUUUGUGUUGCAAUCGUUUGGUACGUCUUUAGCUGUGACUGUGGGUGUAGCUAAUUUCACAGUGUUGUAUCUUAACGCUGCCGUUCUAUCCUCAUUUGUCUCUAUAGCCAUUCCAACGUUGAUGAGAUCUUCGUUGGCUUCGGCUUCGUUGGGGGCCUCUGGUGCUAUAUUUGCUGUCAUGGGUGCCUUUUCGUACUUGUUUCCACAUGCUCCAAUCGGAUUCUUCUUUAUUCCAAUUCCAGGUGGAGCCUGGACUUUGUUCUUGGGCUUGACCGGUUGGAACAUCGCCGGUACCAUCUUGAGAUGGGGAACUUAUGACUAUGCUGCCCAUCUUGGAGGUUCUAUUGUAGGUAUAUUCUACGGCUGGUGGUUCAAUAAGAAGAGACAAGAAGCUUUUGAAAGAAGAAGAUCCUCCUUCAGAUUUUGA